AUGAAGCUGUAUAGCUCGCUCGCUCUUGUUCCUUUGAUUUAUCAAGGCUAUGCGCUCGACGUCGAAGCUAUAGUGAACAAAUACUACGGCAAUGAUGCAGCAUGGUACCGCGACCGGAUCCCUCUCUUCGACUCUAGCGAUCCAGAUAUCACCGACGUCUACUACUACCGGUGGUCCAUUUUCCGCGCACACCAACGCGACCUAGGCUCCAAUGGGUACAUUUCCACCGAGUUUCUUGACGAUGUUGGGUGGCAGACUAUGCCUUGGGCAAGUCUGAACGAUGCAACCGGCUUCCAUCUCUUAGAGGGGCGGUGGUGUCGCGACCGACGGUUCAAAGAAGAUUACGCGACAUUCAUGUAUAGCAGCAACAGUAACAGUCGGCAAUUUUCUGAAAGCAUGGCUGCAGCUGUUUGGCAAGGGUAUCUUGUUGAUGGUGUGGUAGAGGACGUGGUUAAGCGGCUUGACGACAUGACGAGAGUGUAUGAUGCGUGGGGUGAUUCCUACGAUGAGGAUAAAGGGCUGUAUUACGUUGAGCCCAUCCGGGAUGCUACGGAGUAUACGAUCUCCAGUAUAGAUUCCUCAGGUGGCUAUGAUGGCUUCUUCGGCGGCGACUCAUUCCGCCCUAGCAUAAACAGCUACCAGUACGCUAACGCCCUCGCAAUCGCCAACAUGGCGUCCUUGAAAGGUGGUUUGGAAAGCACCGUCGACACCUACAAUUCUCGCGCCACUGCCAUCAAAACGCGCGUACAGGACGCCCUCUGGAACUCAACCUUUGACCAUUUCAUCGAUCGCUAUCAAGUUAACAACACAAACGUCACAUACUGGGAUCCCAUUCGCGGCCGCGAACUGGUCGGUAUGGUCCCUUGGACCCACGAUCUCCCCGACGAUACCACAACCUACGCACAAGCUUGGUCGCACAUUCUUAACAGUAGUGAGCUGGCCGGAGAACACGGUCUGCGUACCGUAGAGCCUUCUUACGAGUACUAUAUGCGACAGUACCGCUACGAAGGCCCGAACCCGGAGUGUCAGUGGAAUGGCCCUGUUUGGCCUUUCCAGAUGACUCAAGUUCUAUCCGGACUCGCCAAUUUCCUGGAUCAUUAUGCUGAGGGAAGAAACACGGAUGUUAUUAACACUGAUGACUAUACAAACUUGCUAAGGCAAUAUGCUCAGUUGCAUCGGAACCCCGAUACUGGCAUUCUGGAUCUGGAAGAAGACUACUACCCUGACACGGGAUUACCGAUCGUAGGACUCAAGCGGAGUCAUCAUUACUUCCACUCUGGCUUCAACGACCUCGUCCUAUCGGGUCUUGUUGGAAUCCGUCCCUCAGCCAACGACACGCUGGAAGUUUCUCCCCUGGCCUCUUCAGCGCAGAUGAAAUAUUUCCGCGCAGAACGUAUCAUAUACCACGGUCAUGAAAUCGCCGUUCAAUGGGAUGCCGACGGUUCGCACUACGACGCCACAGGCCUGCAAGUUGAGGUCGAUGGCGAGGUAGUUGCUUCAUCUCCCACGCUCUCUCGUCUCUCAGUCGACCUGGAACGAAAAGCACCACCAGCUAUUACCCGCCGAAUCGCACAGUCAAUCCAACUCAACGCUACAACGGCGUUUCCACGCGGUACAACAUCCGUCGGUAACACUACUCAAGCAUCUGCAUAUCCUGCUAUCGACGGUCGGAUAUGGUUUUACCCCGAGCAAGAUGCUAAGAAUGGGUGGGAUACACCAGUCGGCAAUGGAAGUACAGUCUGGUUCCAAAUUGAUUUUGGCAAAACGGUCAGCAUAAGUGCGGCUGAACUUGCAUUCUUCGCGAACGAAGAGCAGGGUUUUGCGGAGCCAACGGAUUAUAAGAUCCAGGUGCCUAGUAGCGGGGACAGGGGUGAAUGGAGUGAUGUCGAAGGCGCGACCUAUGGCGAUGUUGUCGCGAAUGGUAUUACGAGUAUAGAGUGGAAGGAAGUUGAGGGAGAGCAAGUGAGAGUUAUCUUUACGCCGAAGGUGGGCAGUAAGGUUAGAAUUGCGGAAUUCAAGGUGUAUUGA